AUGGGAAAGAAAAACAAGAAUGAAUCAUCAUCAUCUGACCUACUGCAGACCCUGGGAGACUUCACAAGCAAAGAAAACUGGGACAAGUUCUUCACCAUCCGUGGUUGUGACGACUCCUUCGAGUGGUACGCUGAGUGGCCUCAGCUACGCGGCCCGCUCCUCUCGCUUCUCGCUCCUCCUUCUGCCCAAAUUCUCGUCCCCGGUUGCGGAAAUUCACGCCUCUCCGAGCACUUAUACGACGCCGGAUUUCAUGGCAUUACCAAUAUUGAUUUCUCCAAAGUUGUCAUUUCUGACAUGUUGCGCCGCAAUGUCCGGGACCGACCCGAUAUGCGGUGGCGGGUCAUGGAUAUGACUAACAUGCAGUUUACAGAUGAGAGUUUUGAUGUUGUACUUGAUAAAGGUGGAUUGGAUGCUUUGAUGGAGCCAGAGCUUGGUCCCAAGCUGGGGAAUCAGUAUCUAUCAGAGGUGAAAAGACUUCUUAAAACUGGAGGGAAGUUUAUUUGCCUUACCUUAGCAGAGUCUCAUGUUCUAGUUUUGCUUUUCUUUGAGUUUCGGUUUGGGUGGAAACUGUGUGUUCAUCCCAUACCUCUGAAAUCAUCUUGUAGGCCUAGUCUUCAAACCUUUAUGAUUGUCGCAGAGAAAGAUGAUAUUUCUGUGUUGCACCAGAUAACAUCAUCAUUCAAUCGUUCUUCUCUUGAUUGUAACAAAAGUCAGGCAUUUGGUAUUCAUGAGGCCCUUGAAAAAGAGAACCAAAUUCGUAUUGAAUACUCCAAUGGCUCUGAUAUAUUGUAUUCCUCUUGAAGAUCUACAAUUGGAGCUAAGGGGAUCUAAGAGCUUAGUCAUGGUCGUCCGGUUGAGCUUGCACUGGUGUACAUGGGGACUCCCAGUUUUGUAGGAGCUGUACUUCUUGAUGCCCGGAAGAGUGGUCCAUUCAUUUAUAACUGUGGGGUGUUUAUUGUGCCAAAGGUGUUUUCUUUUGAAUGGCUCUUCUCUUCAGAAGAAGGACAGGAUUGUAUUUGAAAGCUCAAAGCUGCACGUCUUAUUAUGUACUUUUAUGUCUUAUUGGACACUAGCCAUGCUAAUGCCAGCAUGGAUGAUAUCCAGGACUUAUCUCCUCUAGUAAAACUUUGGCACUGGGAAUGAAGUGGAGCCCAAUACCCAUUUUUGGUUUAUGAUGGCAGUGAUGGGAUCAAGCAGCGGAAUAUUGUUCAUCAGGUCUCAUCUUCAUUAACAGGAUCGAUAAUUGUUGAAGAUGUAGUUUAUGAAAAUGUUGAUGCUGAUAUCAGUCGCUUAUGGCCAUCCGAAGAUUUGAAAUUCCGUCGCCUUGUCUUCCAAAGAACUCAGGGUCUGGUACAAUCAGAAGCUUUGCUGAUGAAGGAUGUAUCUUCUCAUAAAAUUGUGAGUGAAACAGAUAGGAAGAAAGCUGUUUCAUCUUCCAAAUCCAAGCGAAGGGGAUUUCAAAGACAGAAUGAUGAUUCAGGCAACCGGCCGAAAGUCUAUCAUGGUUAUUUGGCUAGUUCUUAUCAUACGGGAAUCAUCUCUGGAUUUAGUCUUAUUUCUUCCUACUUGGAGAGUGUGGCAUCAACUGCAAAAACUGCUAAAGCAGUUAUUAUUGGUCUUGGAGCUGGUGUACUUCCAAUGUUUCUUCGUGCAUGUAUGCCCUUAUUGGACAUUGAGGUGGUGGAGUUAGAUGAUAUCAUGCUUAAUCUUGCAAGGGACUACUUUGCUUUUACUGAAGAUACAAAUUUGAAGGUACAUGUUGCUGAUGGGAUUCAGUUUGUUAGAGAAAUCACAAACUCUUUUGCAGCUGAUGAACUGCCUGUUCAUGGAAAUUUCAAUGCUUCUGACAACACGAGACUUCCUCUCAAUGGAAGUUGCAGUGCGUCUAGUACAAAAGUUGUUGGUAGUAGCAGAGUUGAUGUUCUUAUUAUUGACGUGGACUCCUCCAAUUCAAGCUCUGGAAUGACCUGCCCAGCUGCAGAUUUUGUGGAAGAGUCUUUUCUUCUAACCGUGAAAAAUGCUAUUUCUGAGCAAGGUCUCUUUAUUGUUAAUUUGGUGUCAAGAUCCCAAGCCAUUAAAGACAUGGUCAUCUUAAGGAUGAAAACGGUAUUUAGCUAUCUAUUUUGCCUUCAACUUGAGGAGGACGUCAACAUUGUUCUUUUUGGUCUUUGUUCGGAGUCUUGUAUCAAGGACGAUCAUUUGACGGAAGCUGCUACUCGACUAGAGAAACUGGUAAAAUUUCAACACCCUGAGAUUAGCCAAAGCAUUAUAGAGUCGGCAAAGAAGAUUAAAUAUUUGAAGUGAAUGAGUGCCUGAGUAUAGGAUCAAUCCUAAUGACAGUUCUCAAGUGUAUGCUAAAAUCAUCUAUGAGAGCAGCUUUCUUGAGGUUUACUGAAAUAUCAGAUGUCAGCAUUUGGUUUGGUGUCUCUGCUAAAUAUAUUCCUAGAUAUUAUUCGUUUUCCCUUAUGAUGUAAUGUACUGAUUCGU